AUGUUAUUUUGGAAGGAGCAUGCCGAUGCAGAGGAAUGUGUAAAGUGUCAUGCUUCUAGAUGGAAAAAGAAUGAACCAGGUAGCGGAUCUUCUACCUCACAAUCUAAGCCUAAGAAGAUUCCUAGCAAGACAAUGCGUUAUUUUCCGUUGAUCCCUAGGCUUCAAAGAAUUUUCAUGUCAACCAAAACCGCUGCAAGUAUGAGAUGGCAUAGCGAUGAACGUGUUGAUGAUCCUGAUGGAGUAAUGAGACAUCCAGCGGACUCCAAAGCCUGGAAAUCGUUUGAUGAACAAUAUCCAACAUUUCCCUCCGAGCCUCGAAAUGUUCGCCUCGGUUUAGCAAGUGAUGGGUUUAGCCCCUUUAGAAAUGGACAUAUUCCCUACAGUACAUGGCCGGUAGUUCUUAUCCCGUAUAAUUUGCCUCCAUGGCUUUGCAUGAAGCAACAAUCUUUCAUUCUCUCUAUGCUUAUCCCAGGUCCUAAGGGGCCCAAAGAUAAAAUUGAUGUUUACUUGCAACCUCUAAUAGAGGAGUUGAAGUUGCUUUGGGAAGUUGGUGUUGAAACAUACGAUGCCUCAAAGAAAGAGAAUUUUAGAAUGUUUGCUUCUUUGCUGUGGACUAUAAGUGAUUAUCCUGCAUAUGGUGAUUUAUCUGGUUGGAGUACUGGAGGAGCUGUUGGUUGUCCUUCUUGUAACAGUGAUACUUGUUCUAGGUGGUUGUCAAAUGGGGGAAAACAUUGUUAUAUGGGUCAUCGUAGAUUUUUACCUAUGGAUCAUAUGUGGAGAUACGAUGGAAGUACUUUUGAUGGGAAGCAAGAGUUGAGACCAAAACCUAAGCAGUUAUCUGGUGAGGAACUGCUACAACAGGUUAAUGAUGAACAAGCUGCUUCAAAACAUACUUCAAAAAAGAGGCUACGCACAAAGAAGAAGCAAAAGAAAACAAAAUUAUGGCGAAAGAAAAGCAUUUUCUUUGAAUUGCCAUAUUGGAGUAGUCUUUUGAUACGCCAUAAUUUGGAUGUGAUGCACAUUGAAAAAAAUGUAUGUGAAACUUUACUUGGGACAUUGCUAGAUAUUGAAGGGAAAAGUAAGGAUAAUAUGAAAGCACGUUUAGAUUUGGAGGAAAUGAACAUUAGAAAGUCAUUGCAUCCUAUAAGAGAUCCUAAUAAUCCAACAGAGAUCCCAAAAGAGUUCCUACCAGCUCCUUUUACCUUAUCUUUGGAGCAAAAGAGGAAUCUGUGUAACUUUUUGACUAGUGUGAAAUUUCCGGAUGGGUAUGCUUCAAAUAUUUCACGAAAUUCCUCACUUAAAGAGCGUAAACUCUCUGGGUUGAAAAGUCACGAUUAUCAUGUUAUCUUGGAGCAUCUAUUGCCUCUUGCCAUACGUGACUGGCCCGUAUCAUUGUCCGCUCCAAUUAUAAAGUUGAGCGAAUUUGUUAGAGAGUUAUGUUCUAAAGCAUUGAAGAUUGACGAGUUAGAGAAACUCGAAGAGCAAAUUGGUGUUACCCUUUGUGAGUUGGAACGAAUUUUUCCACCAUCCUUUUUUGUGAUUAUGAUGCAGUUACCCGUACACCUUGCAAGCGAGGCUUUGAUUGCCGGGCCAGUUCAGUAUCGAUGGAUGUACCCCAUUGAAAGAUAUCUUAGCAAACUAAAAGGGUAUGUACGCAAUACAGGUCACCCGGAGGGAUCAAUGGAAGAAGGUUAUCUUUUAGAGGAGUGCUUGACAUUUUGUUCAAGAUAUAUGGAUGAUAUAGAAACAAAAUUCAACAAGCAAGAUAGAAUUUAUGAUGAUGAUGGUGAUGAUGAUAUUAGUUCAACUGACUGCCUUCCUAUAUUCGGGAUAAGAGGUAAAGCAUUUGGGAAGGAAAAUCCUCGUUUACUUAGUACAAAGGAAUGA